UGCGCCGCCCGGGAGCGGUGACGCUGAGGAGAGGCGGCGGGGAGCGGGAGGGAGGCACGGCUCCGCGCCGCACCAUGGCCGGCCCGCAGCUGCAGCAGCCCAGCUUCCUGCUGGCCACGCUGAAGGCGGACUGUGUGAACAAGCCCUUCGCGCAGAGGUGCCACGACCUGGAGACGGUGAUCGAGGAGUUCCCUGCCAAGGAAUUACACAGCAUCUUCCCGUGGUUGGUGGAGAACAUUUUUGGUAGCCUGGAUGGUAUUAUUGUAGGCUGGAAUCUUCGCUGUUUGCAAGGAAGAACAAAUCCUACUGAAUAUUCUGUGGCUUUGGAUUUCCUGGAUCCCAGUGGUCCAAUGAUGAAGCUGGUAUACAAACUCCAAGCAGAAGAGUACAGAUACGAUUUCCCAGUCUCAUAUCUUCCAGGUCCUGUGAAGGCUUCAAUACAAGAGCAAGUCCUACCAGAAUGCUCUCUGUACCACAAUAAAGUCCAGUUUCCUUCGUCUGGUGGCUUAGGUUUGAAUUUGGCUCUUAAUCCAUUUGAAUAUUACAUGUUUUAUUUUGCAAUUAGUUUAAUUACACAGAAGAACUCACCCAUUACCCAUCAUAUCAGCCCUUCCAACAGUGCUUAUUUCAUCUUGGUGGACACGUACCUGAAGUGUUUCCUACCCACAGAAGGAAGCGUCCUUCCUCCACUUUCUUCAAAUCCUGGUGGAGCCAUCCCUUCCCCGACUCCCAGGUCUCCAGCAGUGCCUUUCACUUCCUAUGGCAUGCAUCACACCAGCUUGCUGAAACGGCACAUUGCCCAUCAGCCUUCUGUCAAUGCUGACCCAGCUUCCCAGGAGAUCUGGAGGUCAGAAACACUGCUUCAGAUAUUUGUUGAAAUGUGGCUCCAUCAUUAUUCACUGGAAAUGUAUCAGAAAAUGCAGUCCCCUCAUGUCAAGGUAACAGCUUGUACUUCAUUCAUGAACAUCACCUGGUGGUUGACUUCUUAUCUUGGGCUGGAGGUUCUCCACUACCGACUCAGUAUCUCCAGUAAACACCACGGUAGUCCUGCCCAAUCCAGCUACCAGGCCCUCCACGCAUACCAAGAAUCAUUUAAACCCACUGAAGAGCAUGUGCUAGUGGUAAGACUUCUCGUAAAGCAUUUGCAUGCUUUCAGCAACAGCCUGAAACCAGAGCCUCUCUCGCCUUCAGCCCACUCCCACACAGCCAGCCCACUGGAGGAGUUUAAAAGGGUUGUGAUUCCUCGGUUUGUCCAGCAGAAACUUUAUAUCUUUCUGCAGCAUUGCUUUGGCCACUGGCCCCUGGAUGCCUCUUUCAGAGCAGUUCUUGAGAUGUGGCUAAGUUACUUGCAGCCUUGGAGGUAUGCUCCUGAAAAGCCACCUCAAACUGCAGAGCUCUUACCUCGCAGUGUGUCUGAGAAAUGGGCUGCCUUCAUUCAGGAAAACCUACUUAUGUACACUAAGCUGUUUGUAGGAUUUCUGAACAGAGCUCUUCGAACAGACUUGGUCAGUCCAAAAAAUGCGCUCAUGGUGUUCCGAGUAGCCAAGGUCUUUGCUCAGCCCAACUUAGCUGAAAUGAUUCUGAAAGGAGAACAAUUAUUCCUGGAGCCAGAACUUGUUAUGCCUCAUCGUCAACACCGACUUUUUAUGACCCCCACACUCUCUGGAAGCUUCUUCUCAUCAUGGCCUCCAACUAUUACCGAUGCCUCAUUUAAGGUGAAGAGUCAUGUUUACAGCCUGGAAGGACAGGACUUCCAGUAUAAACAGAUGUUUGGCACAGAAGUCAGGAAUCUGGUGUUAAAACUGGCUCAGUUAAUUUGUCAGGCACAGCAGACAGCAAAAUCCAUAUCAGACCAUUCUGCAGAGACAAGUGCUAGUCACUCCUUCUUUUCAUGGUUUAAAUUUACACCAUCUGAGAUGAAUGGUUCCUACACAGGCAAUGACCUUGAUGAAAUUGGGCAAGACAGCAUCAAAAAAACAGAUGAAUAUUUAGAGAAAGCACUGGAAUACUUAUGCCAAAUCUUUAAGCUGAAUGAAGCCCAGCUGACCCAGAUGAUGAUGAAGUGUGGGACAGCUCAAGAUGAAAAUGGCAAAAAGCAGCUUCCAGACUGCAUUGAAAGUGAGGAUGGCCUCAUUCUUACACCCCUUGGCAGGUACCAGAUGAUAAACGGCUUACGUAGAUUUGAGGUACAGUAUCAAGGAGAUACAGAACUUCAGCCCAUCCGGAGCUACGAAAAUGCCACUCUUGUCCGCCUCUUAUUCCGUUUAUCCUCAGCACUUAAUGAAAGGUUUGCUGAUCAGAUGGAUGUGCUUUGCUCCAGGGAAGAUUUUGUUGGCAGAUUUUGUCGCUAUCAUCUUACCAACCCCCACAUCAUACAGAAAAUCAGGUAUAGUCCUGUGCUGAAGGACAGGACAAACCAGAACUGGGGACCAAGAAUCAGUCUGAGAUUUCUGGCUAGCUAUAGGACUCUCAUUUCCUUGCUACUGAUGUACUUCAUCGCAUCCUGGUUUUACAUCGGACCAGUGGGUUGCACACUCAUUAUCCUGUUGGGUUCUUUUCUUUAUGCCGUAAUAAUGACUUUCUUCUAUGAAGGAUGGAAACCACAUGAACACUAAUUUCCUUCUCUCGGCUUAUUCUUGUAAAAUAAGUGUUCUAAGGAUAACCAUGCUGGGAUAUUCAAUGAGUAAAACGUUUGAAUUAUCAGAUCUUCUUAAAAGUAUUUUUUAAUAUUAAAGUCAGUUGAGUUUUUAAACAAGUUUGGUUGUCUGGAGUAAGCAAUGUAAAUGUUAUUUUUAUAAAAGCUUUCCUAUGCAA